GCGAGGACGUGUGAACGAGAGAAUGGGUAUCUGCCGGAGUGGAAGAAUGGCUUCCAAAAGAGGUUCUGCGAUCAUGAUGCAGCACAGGAACUGCUCCUUUGUUCUUGGACUCGGGUGGUGGUGAUCACGCUAAUUGCGGCAGUUGCUUGCACCGAGAACGACCCCCCCAAUUCCAAUUCCAAUUCCAAAUAUGAGGAGGCCAAGGUGAAGAUCGAGCAUGCAGCGGGGACGGGGAAAGAGGGUGCGGAGUCAUGGGCAGAAUGGGCCAAGGACAAGAUCUCUGAAGGCUUAGGAUUGGGCACCGACAAGGCUAAGCAAGCUUCUGAUGCGGCCACGGAUGCUGCUAAGAAAAUCAAAGAUAGGAUUAAAGACUCUGCUUCUGGUGCUGGACAGUACACUGCCGAGAAAGUUGGAGAGUUAAGGGAUGCAGCCACAGAAAAGGCUAAGGAUUCCAGGGAAACAGCAGCGGAAAAGGCAGAGGAGGCCAAGGAGAAGGCGGCUGAGAAGGCAGAAGCAGCCAAGGAAGCAGGUGCAGAAAUGGGAAAGAUGGCGGCGGAAGAAGCCAAGCAAGGGUACGAGACCGCCAAGCACAAAGCUGCUGAGGCCAUUGACUCCAAUAUGCAGGCUGCAAAGGAAAAAUCUCGCCAUCUGAAGGAUGAAGUUGCUGCUACUCGUGACGAGGAGCUCUGAUCUGAUGAGAGAGAUCAAUCACAACACGAGAACCAUGCCAUUGCCACUUGUGGAAUGCCACCACCGAGUCGUUCUAUUCCACUACGUAAUUAUGUAUAAUAAAUACUCGGUCGUCUGUCAGUGUCAGCAGCCACUACUCCUCGUAACGAAAUACCAGACUGAUGGACGAGUGAUUAUUCCUCUCCUCUCUCUCGUUUCCUUUCUAUUUUUUAGGUAGGGUACUUUGGAUCUGGAAUUUGUUGUGCUAUCCUUUUUUUUUUUUUUAUUAUUAUUACUAGUAUUUGUAUGAAUAUGCAUGGUCAUGACUGGAUAUUACUUUGGGUGGUCUUGUUUAUUGACCGAUAUUACUAGUAUUUAUAACAUUUUAUCUAUCUAUCUCCUAAGUCC